AUGGGGAAGUACAUGCGCAAGAGCAAGGCCUCGGGGGAGGUGGCCGUCAUGGAGGUCGCCGGCGCGCUGCUCGGCGUCCGCACCCGCUCCCGCACCCUCGCCGCGCAGCAGCAGCGCGCCCCCUCCCCGUCCCCCUCGCCGCAGCGCAAGGGGCAGGAGGACGGCGACCCCGGGGCUGGCGACUACCUCGAGCUCAGGAGCAGGCGGCUCGAGAAGCAGCCGCCGCCGGGGGCCAGGGAGAAGGAGGACGCGCCGCAGCCGGCCGCGAGGAGGGCCGCCGCCGCUGGCGGGAGGAGGAUGGAGCAGGCGCCGUCGUUCGCCGCCGAGGGGUUCGAGGCCGACCUCGAGGUCUCCUUCGGCGACAACGUGCUGGACUGGGACGCCACCGACAGGGGCACCAGGGAGACGACGCCGUGCAGCCUGAUCUACAGCUCGGAGACGAUGAGCACCCCGGGGUCGGCGACGGGAGCCCGCAACCAUUCCCGGCGCAGGGCGCAGACGCCGGUGUGCCGCUACGUCCCGAGCUCGCUCGAGAUGGACGAGUUCUUCGCCGCCGCGGAGCAGCAGCAGCACCAGAGCUUCAGGGACAAGUACAACUUCUGCCCGGCGAGCGAGCGCCCGCUCCCGGGGCGGUACGAGUGGACGGUGCUAGACUGCUAG